AUGAUGGACAGCGACUGGUACGCGUCGCUUGUACCGGCCAGCGCUCCGGCGUCGUCCGAAAAGGCAGCGGGCCAUCGGCGACGAGCGUCUCUCCUGCAACAGCCACAUGAAGCGACUCAGGCUGAUGAUGCUUCAGGCCAAUUGCCCGCCCUCGCUGAAGAAGACGACAAUUCGCUGAAAAGAGGCCCCCCACAAGCCACCCAAGUCAGGAGAGCUCGGUCCUACGCUUGUCUCGCUGCCGCCGCCGCCGCCGCCGAACAGCGUGUCCAUACCACCCGUCCUGCUGCACACCCGCGUAAGAGCAGCCUGUCGUCGGCUCAAAAGCCCAAAACCCUCCUGCAAACCUCCCUCGACUUCGCGACUUGGUACGAUGCCCUGGAGGACGACCUCCUGGAUGCCAGCCACCAUGACUACGAGCUCUACUACAAUCAGCUAAACCUGUCGCAACGCCACCUCGACUCCUUGAUAGAGAGCACUGACGGCGCUCUGAGCGUACUGUCGUCUCUAUCCGACUCAUUCAAAGCCGUCGACGACCAGACGACCGCCUUCCACGCUCAAUGCGAGUCUCUCAUCACUGAGCAGCGUCGCAUCACCAGUCUGGCCGACAACAUGAAUCACAACCUCCAAUACUACGCCUAUCUUGAACCCAUGACACGCAGGCUAAAUGCUCCUGGCGCUGCCAAUCUCGUCCGGGCCAAAGAGUUUCCCGACAUGCUUACCAACCUCGACCAAUGUCUGGACUACAUGCAGGCUCAUCGUACCCACCGAGAAGCUCCUACCUACCGUUCCCGCUACCGUCUGCUGCUGACACGCGCCCUUACGCUGAUCCGAGUACAUUUCACAAACUCAUUACGAGCCCUGGCUGCCGAUGCAUCACAACGGAUCGCUGACCGCCAGCUCAAUGAUACCACCCAGACUGCUCUCCUUUACGCAAAGUUCCGUGUCAGCGCUCCUGAGUUGAAACAGCUCGGCCUGCAAAUACAAAAGCGUGCUGUCCUACCUGCCGGUGUCGACCAAGGAGGCGAAGCCGAAUAUCAAAGUCUCAUGAACGAGUUGUACCAGAGCUAUUCGGCCACCCGCGGCCGUCUCAUGUUUCCUAUCAUCUCUCGCAAGCUCACCGAAAUGGCUUCGGUCGACAAUGCUAUGGGCGACUCCAUUGCCUUUGCUAAGACCGCCAUAGGCUUCGUAAGGGGUAUAUGUCUUGAUGAAUACGAUCUCUGGGGUGAUUGGUUUGCCGGAGAUGGUGGCGUAUAUGAGUUCCUAGAGGCAAUGUGUGAGCCUUUGUACGACCAUCUCCGUCCCAGAAUCAUUCGCGAGACUCGUAUUCCAAAGCUAUGCGAACUUUGCACCUUCAUCCAGACUCGCUUCAUGGUCGACGAAGAAGACGAUGACCUGGAGUAUCAAGACCCAAGUACUACAAAGCGAAGCCUAGAUUUCGCCGCGCUAGUCAGACCUGCACUGGAAGACGCUCAGAGUCGACUCGUCUUUCUUGCGUUGGCUGUUCUCAGGGAUGAGAUCGAGAAUUAUCGACCCAAACCCGAGGAUCUCGACUAUCCAUCACAAGCACGCGGCCCAUCAACGACGACAGCCGACGGAAAACGGGUCGCCCUCUCCGGCCGCAAGAACUCGACCAACACUACUCAAGUCAAAUCACCUGGAGAAGAAGACGACGGGGCCGAUAUGUUCGAGUCGUCGUGGCCCACCAACGAGAAACAGGCUAUGGUCUGGUACCCAACUCUGCGCAAAGCAAUCUGGCUUCUGAGCCGUAUCUACCGAUUAGUCAAUUCCACUGUAUUUGACGACUUAGCGCAUAAUAUCGUUCACAGCACGACGGUCUCUCUAGCAUGGGCGGCGUCUCAAAUCUCGACAAAGUCAUCACCUGCUGACGCCAAUCUUUUCCUCAUCGCUCACCUGCUGCGACUCAAGCAACAAAUUGUCGCGUUUGACAUCGAAUUCAUUACGCCCGAAGUCACGUUUGACUUCUCUUCCGUGACCAAUACAUUCUAUGAGCUUCGCGAGAGAGGAGGCUUAUGGAACCCAGCUGGGUGGGUAAAGCUCGCUGCUGGAGGUUUGAUGCCGCGGGUAGUGGAAAACAUGCUCGAUGCCAAAGCAGAACUCGACGGACGCUUACGAGCAGUGAUCAACGACUUCGUCAACAGCUUCGUGGGCCCCAUCACAACACCACUGACUUCGCCAAGGAAGGAGCCAGGGUCAGACGCGAGUCAGGUCACCGCUGAAGUUCGCACUAUUACGCAAAAGGAAGUGGUAUCUCUGCGAGCCAAGCUGGACGAGUACAUUCAGGACGUGCGGACUAGAGAGACACUCGUUGCGGCAGUGCGAGACCAAGUCAUCCUGGCCUACGAGGACUGGAUGGACAAGUUGAGCGAGGGCAAAGGCGCAGCCAAGGUUGGUAAGGUCAGCAAAAAAGGAAAAGGUCGAGAAGACGAAGUGUGGUCCAGCGAGGUGUUUGCCGAAUGGUGCGAGAGAGUGUUUGCCGUGGGUCAGAUCACGAGCGAGCAGGAGCCGGCAGAGACAUGA